AUGCUUGGAGACGAGAAAUUGUCGACUUUGGCAUCAUUGCCAACGCCUCUCCCAUCUAUAUCAUCACAUGAGGUUUUCACGCCAGAGCAAUGGGACAAUCUUCUUUCGAUAUGUGAAGUCUUCGUGCCUGACCUGUCCUCACAGGCUGAACCGAAUCUCGCCACAGACAGGACCAUCGAGGAACUUCGCCAGAUCCUGCCAGAGUCAGAAAGCCCCGACCUGAUCGAGAAAUACCUCGCAGACACAGUAGCAGGAAAUGCAGACUUCAAAGAAGCACUACGGCGGAGGUUCGUAGCGCACGUGCCGGAAGAUCAAGUGAAAGGGUUGGCAUUUCUUCUUUCAGCUCUUGAUACUAGGAUUGGGUCACUGGCUAUGACUGGAACUACGAAAAUAUUGCACACUCAGAAUCUACCUGAGCGUUCUAGGAUUGUACUUAAUUGGGCGAACUCGUAUAUUGGGGCUCUCCGAGCAUUGUAUCAGGCGGCUGAGUCUCUAACAAGGCUACUAGACUAUCCUAAGGUACCGAAAGAUAUUGAACGUCAUCCAGGCUAUGAGUUCGAGUUUCUAGAGUUUUCCGAUCAGCCGGAGGACAAGACUGUUCAGGUUGAUGCUGACAUUGUGAUUGUGGGAUCUGGUUGUGGUGCUGGCGUGGUCGCCGAGCAUCUCUCAGCAAGCCUAUCAGAUCUGCCACGUAAACUCAGAAUCCUGGUGUUGGAAAAGAGUUAUCACUUCCCUAGCUCGCACUUUCCUAUGGACCAAACAGCUGCUGGGAACAAUGUGCAGGAAGGCGGAGGAGGCCUCAUAUCUGACGACGGGAGCAUAGCAGUACUGGCCGGCAGUGUGUUUGGAGGGGGUGGCACGAUUAACUGGAGUGCUUCUCUACAGCCAUCACACCACGUAAGGUCAGACUGGGCUACGAAAAACCAGUUACCGUUCGUCUUGUCUCAGGACUUCCAAGCUUGCCUGGACGAGGUGUGCGGGAAGAUGGGCGUAUGUCGCGCCAACGAUCUUGAAGGACUGUCCAAGAUAGAGCAGAACAUCCCCAACUCUAUGCUCCUGGAGAGUGCCCGUCGCCUUGGUCUUGCAGCUGAAGUCGUUCCUCAAAACACGGCUGGUAAGCGCCACUACUGCGGACGAUGUGGCAUGGGUUGUGCAAGUGCGACGAAACAAGGUCCCGCCAAUUUCUGGUUCCCAGAAGCAGCCAAGAAUGGUGUUAAAUUCAUCGAGGGCUGUUUCGUCGAAAAAAUCUGCUGGGACUCCGUGAGCUCGGAACGCAAAGCAACUGGCGUCAAGGCGAUCUGGACCUCGCGUUCUCGAGACAUCAUCCGCAAGCUCAAGAUUAAUGCAAGCUAUGUCAUCGUCUCUUCAGGAACGCUUCAGUCACCACUACUGCUGCAUCGAUCUGGUCUAACCCCUGAAGUCAACAAGAACAUCGGCUCCAAUCUCCACCUUCACCCCACAAUCAACGUCCGAGGAACAUAUCCCCAACGUAUAGAUCCAUGGGAUGGCGCCAUCCUCACAUCAGCAAUGACCACCCUCGACAACCUCGACGGAAAAGGCCACGGUCCCAAAAUCGAGGUCAUGCUAGGCAUACCAGAAUUAAUGGCAGCAGUCCUCCCCUUCCGCCCUCAACUAUCCACCACCGCCACAACAACAACCAAAUCCAAUGGCCAAACCCAGUCCACCACCUCCCUCGACUGGCGUCUCCGGAUCGCCAAACACGGCCACAGCUUCACCUACAUCAUCAUUCAACGCGACCAUGCCGACGCCAACAACUCUCCAAAAUCCUACGUCUACAUGGAUCCAGCUGACCCCCGUAAAGUCAGAAUCAGCUAUAUCCCAUCUCUCAAAGAUCGUCAGCAUCUUCUGGAAGGUAUAAUUGUCGCGGCAAAGAUGCAUUUCGUCAUGGGCGCGGAUUUUAUUGAUCCGACUGUGCCGAACAUUUUGCCUUUCGAGAGACCUUCGACGAAAUUAAGAAGAAGCGGCACAGCACUGCCCACCGACAAAGAUCAACAGCACACAGAUAUGGAAGACAAUACAGCCUUCACCUCCUGGCUCUCAACCCUCACCUCCACCACCUCUCCCUCUUCCUCCCUCAUCAAUCCCCAAACAACUCGCCUCGGCUCUGCCCACCAAAUGAGCACCUGCCGCAUGUCUGCCUCUCCCAGCACAGGCGUCGUCGAUCCAAGUGGCAGAGUAUGGGGCACGGACAAUGUCUAUGUUGCUGACGCGAGUAUUUUGCCGAGUGCGAGUGGUGUUAAUCCGAUGGUCAGUACGAUGGCGUUUGCGUUGUGGGUUGCUAGGGGAUUGGUGGGGAGGGUUGGGCGAGAGGUAGGCAGGGGGACAGGGGAGGUAGAUGAGUGA